AACGGAAAAUGGAUAAUGUAACCAUAUCAAACACCUGUCAGAACUCAAAAAUCAGCUCUUCCAAAACAUUCAUAUGAAUGUCAAUGGAAUAGACCAAAACCCCAAUUUUGAUUCUCUUUCCCUCUGCCUUUUCCAUGUUUUUUGGUUAUUUUAUUAUCAGAUUAGAGAGUUUCAAAGAAAACUUGAUACCCCAUUACUUUUUUUUCAAGAAUCAUGGUCUUGUUCCGGCAAUUGGCGUGAGAUAAGUUCUUCAAUGAAAAAUGGCUACUGGGAAGCACAAUCUAGCUGAAGAAGACGGUGGAGACCCUUUGAAGAGCAAGUUUGGUGCUUCAAAUCUCAAAGCUGAAGGAGAUUCAACUGAAGAAAAGUGCCCUAAUUUGCACCAGAAAUUUGAUAAUCUUCCUAUGGAUGGUCCAUCACUUGCAGCUAUGAACUCUGGUGAAUAUUCUGAGAUAUCAAAAUCUUCCCAAAUUCCAGCCCAUUCUUCCAAAAGAGUGGCUUUCUCCCCUCUAUCUUCCCCAAGUUUUUCUAAUGCUGCAUUUUCCCAAGGCGCUUCACCAUCCGAAAGUAAAUCAAAUCCAGAAAGCAUUGGUACAAGCAUGAACUCCCAAUAUGCAAAUUUAAGGUCAGAUGUUGAAAUGUCUCCAAUCUUACCCUGCGAAGUUUCUCGUGUUGUUGCAUCUCAGAGACCUAGAAUAUCGAGGUCGUUAUCGCUUACAAAACUUUUCAACCCCAAAUUGAAAAGAGAAGCAGAUUUAGGAUCCUCAUAUGAAGGGAGCAUAAUUGAACCUCCCAUCCCAACUAGAGACUUGGCUCAAAGGUCGAUGCAUCGUUCCUAUUCUGUACCAUUGAUCAGAGAAGAUGGAAGUGUAUUAUUACAUGGUAAUAUUGUUCGUCCGAUUCCAAUCUCUCCACAAAUUGGCAAAGAGAUCGUUAUGACCCCAUUUAAAUCACCAACACAUCAUAAUGAUAAAAAUAUAGACACUGGUGAACAUAUAUCAGAAGAAGCUGUUUGUCGAGUAUGCUUGAUUGAGCUUGGGAACGGUCCCGAGACGUUCAAGAUGGAAUGUAACUGCAAGGGUGAACUUGCUCUGGCUCACCAAGAAUGUGCUAUCAAAUGGUUUAGCACUAAAGGUAACAGAAUAUGCGAUGUGUGCAGGCAAGAGGUUCAGAAUCUUCCAAUUGAACUGUUACGAGUGCAUGCCGUUCAGACGUACAACUUCCAAGGAAGCGGAACCAAUUCAGUUGCUGUUACUCGAUACAGGGUUUGGCAGGAUGUUCCUUUUCUUGUUAUCAUCAACAUGCUAGCUUACUUUGGCUUCCUAGAGCAACUCCUGGCUCAUAAAAUGGGAUCAAGUGCUCUAGCUAUUUCUCUUCCAUUUUCUUGCAUAUUUGGUCUUCUUGCAUCCAUGACUGCAGCAACCAUGGUAUGGAAGAAGUAUAUAUGGAUUUAUGCAGCUAUUCAGCUUGCUUUAGUGAUCGCCUUUUCUCAUGUUUUCUACUCAAAGUUUCGUAUGCAGGCUAUUGUAGCUGUUCUUCUUGCCACCUUUUCAGGCUUUGGGGUUACAAUGGCUCUUACGUCCGUUCUCGAGAGAAUUCUUCGACGAACAAGACCAUGGGUCGAUCAAUCAACCCAUCAAACUAUGUCAACUAUGCAGCCAGAUGGAUCUUUGACAAUACCGCAUCAGAUGCAAGCAGAUCCUCCACUUGGUCUUCAACGGCGAGUCGAGGAACCGAUGCAGCCUCAAACAGUACGCGAAACCUUGCUCUUGAGCCAAAUUGAUCCUCAUGGUCAAGAUAUUGAAAUGGGAACUUCAGAAGCCAUGCCUCAGAGGCUGACCAUAUCAGUGUGCCAUUGACAGGGAGUUCAAACUAUUGUAUAUGCUUUCACAUUCUGUGUAUUUCAUCCCAUUGUUGCUAUAGACUAUGUAGAUGAUUAAUGUAAAUAAUUUUUCUAUGAGAAUUCUAUAAAUUUAUAUACA